AUGCUGGUGACCCUCUGCGGCACAGCUAAAUACUGGGCGCCGGAAGUUGAAAUGUCGAAGAAACUUGUCGACGGACCACCACUCGAUGUAUGGCCGUGUGGUAUCAUUCUCAUCGAAAUGCUGACAGGAAGACGGCCAUGGGAAGUGGCCACUCAGAAAAACAUGGAGAAUUGGAUAUCAAAGGAAGAUGACAAGAACUUACCAUGGAACAAUAUUGAAGACGACGUGAUGAGUUUGCUGCGCAAAAUUCUUGUUGUUGAUCCUGCAAAACGAGCGACAGUUGACGAUAUUGAAGAAGAUAAAUGGUUGAGUGGUAACAAGAAUAUCGAAAAUGGAGGAACUGCGCAGCCGAAAAAGGGCAGAAAGCGAAAACUUCAAACUGUUGUGCCAAUUACAGAGGACAAUGGCAGAAAACGUCAACGAGUUCCAAAGAAGAAAUUUUCCUGUUUAGAAUGA